AAGUGUUUUGGUCUGCUAUCAGAUUCUGUUAGGUGGCACAUAGAUUCCUGCCUUGCAGCUAGCAUCAUUUCAGGAGGUAUUUUGAAAGAUUUCGGGCUCUUCCAAUUAUGGCUUCACUUUUCUCUCACAGCAAUUAAAGUCCCUUCCUUUAAUUUCAGUGGCAACUGUAGUGUUUUAGACCUGGCCCAUGCAGCUGAAUGCUCAUCUCUGGAUCUUAUUUCCAGUCCUCAUAAGGCCUGGGUUUGAUGACCUAGUCUGAUUACAGGAUCUUUGACAGCUUUAAAGGAAUUUACACAAAGGAAGGAGACAGCUGUUGUUCUGAUGAAGGAUUUUUCUGAGCAGGCCUCCCAAGCUAGACGUGCCACUAUGAGAUGCUGCCUACACUUUUCAUUAUGAGCAACAGGUGACUAAUCUGCAAUCAAAAACACUUAGCAGGAAUGGAUCAGUAGCUGUUCUGAAGUUUGAGCUUAUCGCAUUUUUUCAUGCUGGAACAUGAGGGCUCAGAAUGUGUUGAUACAGCGCAAUUCAGGACUUCCAGACACAGUGAAAUCCUUGCAAGAGGCAUCAGAGAGUGGAUUGCCAGAGUUUUAGAAGCCCGGUAGCUGUUAGCCCCCUGCAGCAUGAGGAAGAGUCUUCGGUCUCUCUGAUGUACAGGAAAGAGAAGACGAAUUGUAGUAAAUGUCCGCCUUCGAUACUGAGAAAAAGGCCACCCGUGAACCAAGCUGUGAGUGAAAAGCGAAAAGCAGAGAGAAGGGUUCGAUUUCGUGAGCCAGAAAUCACUGGAUAUGACAUUUCCUGCUGGGACUACAGAGUUGCACAUGACAGGCCAUCAGCUGGAUUGCCUUUGCUCCUGUGGUUUUCGCUUUGUUUAGUACUGAUCCUGGCUGUGAGUCUGUACUACAGCAGUGUGAAGCAGAAUUUCAAAGUCUUGGAAGAAUUUCAAUCCCAGCUCGUUAUCUUCUUUCUUCAGAUAAGACACGUUGCUUUGAAAUGCUGGACUUGGUUUAUGAGGCAAUAACAGUGUCACACGUGUGGAACCGUGCAUAGCCCAAGACAAAGAUCUUAGCAGAUAACAUCUAAAUGCAUAUUGCAGCACAAGGCUCACAGCCCAUUCAAACCAAACACCAGAGAAUGUGCCAGCCUUCCCUUUGAAGACUAAUAUAGAGCUGACCCUGUUGUACACUUACCUUUUCCUGUAGUCACUUGUUUUCCAUUUCUUUUAUUAUUAUUGUAUAUAUUACACUAACACCUAGAAGUUGCAACCAAAAUCAGAGCUCCAUUGUUCUAGGCAAUACAUAAAUAUCUGGUAAGAGAUAGUCCCUGCCUCAGAGAGCUUAUAAACUGAAGAAACAAGAAAAAGCAAAGGAACAGAAACACAGAGAUUAAUUGAUUCAAUCAAGGUCAUAUAGGUAGAUAAUACCAGGAACUAAACCCAGGUCAAUCAAGUCUCAGGUCAGUAGCUUAACCACAAGAUCAUCAUUCCGCUCUGGUUUUGCUUCUGCAAUAUGUGCAAGCCUUACUUCUUGUAUUCAAAGGCUCUGCAAUGCUGUAUUUUACACAUAUGUGAAAUAAUUGUGAGUAAAACCUUGGCAGACGGUGUUCUCACGUCCCCUCAAGCUUUCUCCUACGUGGGCAAAAGAUUGCUCUUGGAAAUGUUUCACUGGGCUCCCCCGCAUGGAAGAGAGCAUGGAAACUCGUUUAACCAGGCUAUGGGUAUUUGCCUAAUAUCACACAUAACAGAACUGAAUCCCAGGUUAAUUAUCAAGUCAGUAGUUUAAUCCUCUGAGUUCAAUUCAGUCCGUAAACCUCAUGAGCCAAGUUUACAUGGUUUGUGACAUCAACAAACUUCUUCAAUUUACUUCUAGCUCGUAUUCAGUCAGGGGAUCACGUAUUCAUUCCAUGCAUGCCCAACAAUAGUUUAAGGCUUUGCAUAAUGCUACAACUGACCGUUUAUGAAGGUGGCAAGGACAAAGCUCCAUUGUCUUGGGAGGCCCCCCAUUAAUAUCUUACAGUAAGGAUAUUUAUGAAGGGGAUCAUUUUAACAAUGAUAGUGCAAUAAAUGCUGAAUGCCUCUUGUGUGUGUCAAAGUGAAUCCCAAUGUGUCUAUCCAAGUGUGUCUCAGAGAGGGCCAACAAAUUCAUCUGGCCUGUGAGACUUUCUGGACUUUAUUUUCUCCGUAGGAAUAAAUAGCAACAUCCUUUCUUUCCUGGUCUUCUUUUCAAGUAAAAUUAAAAGAAAAUAUUUGGACAAGUGUGCUACUGUAUUCAGAAAGAUAAAAACUACGUGAGAGUCUGCAACAGCAGAAAAAACCCUGCGAAGAAGAUGGAAGACAAUGCUUGCAAGAUCACAGCCCAAAGUCCCCUGUCGUGACAACCAACAAAACACUAUGCAUAUUAUUGUUAGUAGAUAAAGAAUAUUCCAUAUGGCAUUGAGGGGCAACAGCACAUCAUCUUCCAGGCAUCUUAAAGUAGGCAAAGAAUUAAAUCGGAACAGGGAGAAGCAACCUUUUCUCAUAAAGAAUGUAUGCCUCUUCUCAAUUGAAAACGGAUGAAACAAACUACAGUAUUGAGUCUCAAAAGCAGAAAGAGGUGA